CACAGGAAACUCACAGAAAAACACAUCUGAUGAAGGCUGUGGCUGUGCUGAAAACACUUUAUAUAAUUUCCUUUAACGUUAGACGCUUUGCUGCGUGAAUCGUGUCUGCGGGGAUCCUCGUCUUCUUCUCAAGCUGAGGAUGGCAGAGCCGAGCGGGAGAUAUGAGCAGCUUCCCUGUGAGGAGGAGCCAGAGGCGGGACCUCAGGUGGCCACUGAUGCUCCGCCCCCUUACAGCAGUAUUGCAGCUGACAGUGCAGCAUUUUUUGACUACAAAGAUGAUGCAGCACUUCCCAAGCCCCCAUCGUACAAUGUAGCCACCUCUCUUCCAUCAUAUGAUGAGGCUGAGAGAACCAAAACAGAGGCUUCUGUCCCACUUGUGUCAGGCCGUCACAGGGAACGUCUGGACACGCUUGAUGACGUAACUCGCUGUGCACUGGAGGAUGAUGAUUUUGUGGCCAGAGAUGACUUUGAGGACGCUGACCAGCUUCGAAUAGGCAACGACGGCAUUUUCAUGUUGACAUUUUUCAUGGCAUUCCUCUUCAACUGGAUUGGUUUCUUCCUGUCAUUCUGCCUUACAACCUCAGCGGCCGGACGUUAUGGUGCCAUUUCCGGCUUCGGUCUUUCACUCAUCAAAUGGAUCCUCAUUGUGCGGUUUUCUACUUAUUUUCCUGGUUACUUUGAUGGGCAAUACUGGUUGUGGUGGGUGUUUCUGGUGCUUGGUUUCCUGCUCUUCCUCAGAGGUUUUAUCAACUACGCCAAGAUUCGCAAAAUGGCAGACUCCUUUUCUACUCUUCCCCGGACCAGAGUCCUCUUCAUCUAUUAAAGUUACUGGCUGGAAAUGAAAACACGCUAAUGGGGCCUCGUUGAGCCGUUGACCCAGCGGGGAAAUGUAUAUUUAAGAAAGAAACAGGAAAAAAACCCUUCCAUCUGUAAUCUACUCAUCUAAAAGGAAGACCGCGGAAUUCCCGAGCGAUGGAGGAAGAACUUUUCUUUUCCACCGUCUGCUUUGGAAAAUGCUGUGGGUUUCAGAGAGCAAGAGGCUCAAUCUUUUAUAUAUAUAUAUAUAUAAACACACGUUCCUCUAUGUAAAGUAGUGGUUACUAACAGCUCUAUACCUGUUCUGAAAUCAUUAGUGGUUUGAUAUUGAGUGCUCUUUGCUUUUUUCAAGUCUGUAGUGUAUUAAUACAGCAUUGUGAAUGAGAUCCCGUCUAUACUGGAGGCAUGGACUGUUCUCCCUGUUGACCAGCAGAGGGAAAUCUUGCUUUAUUUCAGUCUGGUUGUUUUUUCCCCCCUCCCCUCAUUGGGUGACGUUUGACAAGAAGUUAGCCAGUCACCGCUGGUCUCCAUUCAUGAAGGGCUUUUCUCUUUGUGAAUGGCAGAGUGAGAUGAAUUGAAUCUGAAACAGUCUCCUAUUCUCUUUUUCUGUUUCUCCGCCUCCCUACAUGACAUGAAAUUUUAAGUUGCUGUUUUUAAUUUGACACCUUUGCUGUGGUUUAGACAUGUUUUAUUGGCCUUGUAGUUCUUUUUUUAAACAGACCAAAACUAGCAUCAGGGAAUAUUUGAAUUGGGGCUGCACGAUAUAUCAAAGCAUGGCUUUUGCUGCUUGUUCAAACUACUUAUUUCAUAUGAGUUGAACCAUCAAGUUUAAUCCGCUGAAAUUUGUAAAAAAAACGAUCAAGUUAAUUUAAUCAAAUUGUGUUGGGACAACAGGAAGGAAUUAUGUGGAGCCCAGCAUUUUUUACAGUCUGUAUCGGAAAAUUAUGAGUAUGCCGAAAAUAGUAUUCGCUAUAUUCAUAUUGUAAAGAGGUGUAAUAAAUUAAAUUCAUUUUAUGCGCUGAUGCGUAGGUUGUUUUUCUAAAUCUGACCAAUCAGAUGGGGUCUUUACUGCCUUUAGUCCCACUUAAUUCCUGGAUCGAAGUGUUUUUUCUGCGUUUUAAAGUCUAAUAAGUUUGCACCUUGGUAUUUUUUUCUUUGUUUUAGAUUUAAUUAAUUUAAUUACGAAAUAUCGUUAUCGCAACACUCAACAAUAUUACAAUCAUACAUUCAUUGUCCUUUGGUUUAGUCCCUGAACAGUAUUACAUAUUUAUAAUAUUGCAAAAUAUCUAUUAAUCUGUUUAUUUCAGUAUGAUCAUUACAUAAAUAAAUAAAUAUAGAUUUUAUUUAAUUGCGAUUAAAAUAGCGUGUUGCAAGUUCUUACAAUUUAUCGUUAUCGCAACACUCAACUAUGGUGCAUUUAUUCAUGUAUUGUCCUUCGACUCAGUCGCUGAACGGUAUUACGUAUUUAUAACAAUGCAAAAUAUCUAUUACAUGUUUAUUUUAGUGUGAUCACGUUUCAAAAGUUUGUAUAAAUAUUGUUGUUGCAACACUCAACAAUAUUGCAUAUUUACAUUGCUAAAUAUGUAUCACCUGAUCAUUUUAGUAAGAUCAUUACAUCAAAUAUUUUAUUUAAUUGCGAUUAAACUAGCAUUUUGCAAGUUCGUAGGAAAUAUCGUUAUCGCAAUACUCAAACUAUUUUGCAUAUGUAUUAUAAUAUUGGCAAAUAUGUAUUACCUGUUUAAUUUAGUAUGAUCAUUACAUAAAAUAUUUUUUAGAUUGCUAUUGAUAUAGCAUACGUACUAAAUGCUACGAAAUAUCAUACGAAAUAUUGUUAUCGCAGCACUCAAUGUUACAUUCAUUCAUUCAUUGUCCUUCGACUUUGUCCCUGAACGGUAUUACAUAUUUAUAAUAUUGCAAA